AUGUGCCCAGUCUUCCCACAGUGGCAACAUGUGAUAUCCCCAAACCUGCAUGUCCGACGCUCAUGGUUUUCUCCGCAGUUGGAGCAGGUCCCUCAAGGUGCGUCAGAUGACCGCUGGUUCAAUGAUGCGCUCGUAGCUUGGGAGCGGUGGUGUCGGUUGGAUUGGUCCAAAGCUCAGUAGACAUCCUCAUUGUGGGAAUCUACAGAAGACAACCGGUCUCGCUGGAUGCGGCGAGUUCUUCUUUUGGUACGGGGGCUGUGGGCCGCCUCUCAAAGGCCGUGGCCAUAUUCAUACUUCCAUCAUUGUGAUGUCGUCUUUUGCCAGCAGCUUGCGGCAGAGACGGCUGUCUCACACGCCACUGAUGAACCUUUCAACAAGUCGUUCCUCGAUGUCAGCGAAUUGGCAAUACAUCGCAAUCGCCCAGAGCGCUGUGAUGUAUUCACUCGCUGACUCUUGUGCUUGUUGCUCUCUGUGUGCAAAGUCAUAGCGGCGGUGGUUCUUAGUUGGCUGAGGCACGAGGUGUCUUGUCAUAGCCUUUGUCAGCUCAUCGAAAGUGCAUGCCUCCAUGUCCCUGGGUGCCACCAGACCUUCCAGUAGAGUGAUGGCGGAACUUCCCAGCACCAUCAGUAGCACAUCUGCCUUGUCUGCCUCCCUAGUGAUGCCUUGUAGUCGGACCUAGCUCCUUAUUCGGCGGAGCCACCGGCCAUUCUGCAGGAUGGCUCAUAUCGAAGUCCAGUGGCUGCCGACUAUGACUGGUAGCAAUCCUCGGACCUGGGGCAGUCGCUUGUGCAAUUGUGGGUGGUUGCGAAGACGCGGCAGGCGCGGUCUUGUUUCCAGGACUAUUUGCUGAGUCCAGCGUGGCGGUGAGGUCGCACUUACUGCGAGGCGGCAGGCAGCGGUGCUGCGGUGCAGUCUUGGGCCUCUGGCAGCCGGCGGGAGCUCAUCAAUCCCACCUUCAUCGCCAAUGUUACAUAUUUGGAAAAAGUCAGAAGCCCAAGGCAGUAUAAGUUCCUCAACUAAGUUUAUUCAACAUUUGUCAGUAACAACAGCUCACUCAUAGGAACACAAGAACCAAACUGACUGGACAAUAACGAACCUGAGCAAUGAAUUGACCGUUGGCCGUUGACAGUUGAAAGUGCAUGUGCUUACUUGCCAUUAGAACGUUCGUCUACCAACACUUAUACGAUUGGUUAGAACGCGCCUUGUAAAAUAAAAUGUGUUAAACCCAAUACAUAACAAUUAUUAUUAUGGAAGCUUUUAAAUAAUUUUCCUCAAAAGAUUUUCUUGGUUUACAAAAAUACAUGCAUUGUCUCUUCAGGUUGUAAACUCUUUUCUACAGAUCGGUUACAUUUGAUGUGAGACAUUAGUGUUGAGUACAGUGUAAGGUCGGAGAAGAGGGGGGAGAGGAAGAGUGGUGUGGUGAAACAUAUUAUUUUAUAUAGUGUACGCUUGUCCAUGUCAACUAGGUAGAUUCUCUUUCUAUUCGCUUAUUACAUUUCCUUGGUAGUGAGAGGUAUGGGGGGGCAGGGCCUAGUUGGUUGUCUUUAGUUGGCUACAGUGCGGUUUGUUUGCAUUUGUGUGGUGGGGGGGAGGGAUUGUUGGAUCAGGUCAGCCAUAUUGAAUCGUAUGCUGUUGGGGGAUUCUUGUCUUAUUGGGUAAGCGACAAAGGAGAGCCAUACUGGGGUGAAGGCGUCCUCUUCUAUUUGUCCCUGUGUCAGUUUCAGUUUAAUGGUUAGCUUUUAUAGUCAGGAGUUGGCAGGAUUAACAAAGGACACCUAAUCAGGGAUCAGUUGUAUUCACACACACCAGAGUUGCUGCUUCUGGGACAAAACACUAAUGAUAAAAAGGUGGUGGAUCAAAAAAUAAUAAUACCCCCCCUUCCCCAGAAUGCCUGGCCACAGUGCUAAAUGGACUCCUUGCUGAACUUCUUCCUUUUCUCAAGGCUGCUGCUCCACUAUUGGCUGGCCUGGAGCGUCAAUCACCCAGCAUUAAGGACAGGGCGGGCUCAACUUCUGGUGGAGCUGAGGGGGCUCUUUUUUAUCCUGGAGGAUUCACCACAGAAGGUUGUAUUUACUACUAGGGAGGCUCUUGACUCCCCAGUUCAGUCUUCUUUAGACAUCUGGGGUCUGUGGGGCAAUGCAGAAGCCUUGCUGCCUGUUGCUCCAGGGAAAGUGGGUGGUGUCAGGGUUCAGGAGGGAGUCACCUUGUGAGGGCAACAGGCCCUUUGAGGCAGGAUAUAAAAUCUCAAUAAACACACAAUCCCGGAACCUGUAAUAUAAUAGUGUGGGAACCAAGCCCCUCAGGUGAGCCUGUCUGUUUGCUGUUUCUGCUCCCUGUGGGCCCCAGAUAAGCCCCUCUGGGGAAUCUGAGGGGAGCUUGAGCCCCACAGCCCCCUUGAAGUUGGGGGUGAAGAGCUACUGGUUCAGUUGCUGCAGUUCUAUCCAAAAUACAGCUAUGGGUGAGGGAAGGUCAGCUUGACCCUAGCAGGUUCUGACUUACUUGCGGAUAUCUUAAGCCUUUCCUUGGGCCUUGUGACUUGUGUUCUUCCUCUGCGCCUUGUUCCUCCACAUCCCUUCCAUUUGGGUGUCUUGUAUUUUUUAGUUCCCAAACCUGAGGACAGGAUUUGUCUCGCCUUUUUAAAAAAUCAGUGUCAACUCAACUGCUUUAGGAGAAAACAUCUGUCUGAAAAGCCGGAAAAUAAGUUUGGUUUUUAAAAAACUUAUUAUUGCUACUAUUAUUACUACUGUACAUUUAAAAGAAUACUGUAUAUACCACCUUUGAAGUGCAUGGAACUAAAUUUGUUCUAACCACUAAGCCACACUGACCCUCCUAGAAUUUUGGCAUGGUGCAUUCUACAUCACCAAGGGCUGUUGCCCAGCAACAGAGCCUGUGACCGUUUGAACUGAGGUUCUUGCAUCCUUAGCGUGUAGACCUUUGCAGAGGUUUGCUUUAUUGACCCUUGCUUCCUUGUGUUAUAUGAAAAAACCUGCUCCUUUUCCCUUAUGGGGUAUCUAAGAGUCCCCUAUUGGUAGGACAAAAUAAUAGAGGCCAACCAAAGAAUAUUGAGAUGCAAAGCAGCUAGUAAGCCUGUAAGCUGUAAGCUCUGAUCUGUAAGCCUGAUCUGUAAGCUAGUAAGCCUGAACUGUUGCAGCAGGGUCCUCACUCACCACACACAGGAGAGAGGAGGAACCCUGAACAAUGGUGUGCAAGCUCUUAUAUAGACUUUUGAAAUUGCCCACCCUGUUGCUCAAGACCACCCCCCAAAACAUCAUACAUACAUCACAGAAGGAGGCGGGUCUACAGCAGAAAUACAUCACAGGAGGCGGUUUACAGCAGAAAUCCUGUUUGCGAAGAUAUCUGUUAACAGACACUGAUUGCUUUACCUGGAUGCCUGGCCACUCUUUUGUGAUGGUAAAUACUUUUAGUUCCUGAAUCCAGGUCACAGGCUAACCCGAUUCAUACACAGAUAUUCCCUUAAGACAGAUAAGGAAAAGACAAUGGAGAAGUUUCCCCAUUUUCUUCCUCCUUGCAAAGAAAUAUUUGAGGUCAAUUUGGGAGAGUCAAAAUAGUUUGGGAGAGUCAAAAUGACUUCAGGAUUGUUCUCCUGUACUAUUUCAGACGUGUGGUUUAUAUACUUAUAAAUGUUUUUGCCUUGUACAUUUAUGAACGUUUAUUUUAUAUUUGGGACCAUCGAAUUCUUAUAACACUUGGAUUAGAAUAUGGCAUCUGAAAGCCCUGUAAAAAAAAAAAAGGUAAAGGACCCAACAGUUAAGUCCAGUUGCGAACGACUCUGGGGUUGCGGCACUCAUCUUGCUUUACUGGCUGAGGGAGCCAACGUUUGUCCGCAGACAGUUUUUCCGGGUCAUGGGGCCAGCAUGAGUAAACCGCUUCUGGUGAAAGCAGAGCAGCACAUGGAAACGACUUUUACAUUCCCGCUGGAGCGGUACCGAUUUAUCUACCUGCGCUUUGACGUGCUUUCGAAUUGCUAGGUUGGCAGGAGCUGAGACUGAGCAACGGGAGCUCACCCCGUUGCAGGGAUUCAAACCGCUGGUCUUCCGGUUUAGACCACAGCACCACCCGCCAGUUGAAAAAAAAACCCUGUAUAAUGGUUUAAAGACUCUCAGGGCAAAUCUAAAAAAAUGUAGUAUAAACACUGACAGCUGGGAAACACUGGCCUGUGAGCGUAAGUGAAAUAAAAAACAAGACACUGCCUACUUGCAGACUUAAAAAAUAAUAAUUGUUUAAUCGUUUUUUCGAUACAGACAUCAACCACAAGGGACACAUACAACAAAAACUAUAAACAAUAAUAACACAAUUUGACAAUUCAGAUUUGAAUACACUGAUAUACCUACAACUACACCUUUUUAAACUAUAUUUUCCCACCUCUCUCUCCUCCCCCUACUUCCCACCACUAUCCACCUUAUCGCUUAAAUAUUCGUUCCAAAUUUCUUCAUAUUCAUCCUUUCUUAUUUUGUGUCGACAUGCAAUUGGUUCGUAUGUAGCUAAUCUGUCCAUAUUACCAAUCCAUGUGCUCAAUGGAAUCUUUUUGCGGCUCUUCCAGUUCAUCAAAACAAGUUUUUUUGCUUCUAAUAUAGCACAGUACAUCCAUAUUUUUUUUUGACCCCUUGAAAUCUCCCACGUUUCUGGAAUAUAAUUUAGAAUUAAAUUCAGUUCCACUAAAUAACAAUUUCUUUUUAUUACUCUUGCUAUAAAUAUCCUUGCCUUGCACCAAAAUUAUCUUAUCAUUGGGCAGUUAAUCAACAUCUGUAAUAAGUUUUACUCCCACAUCUCCAACAGUUGUCUGCACUUGUUGUUUUCUUCUGGUAUAGUUUUGCUGGAGUCCAGUGGACUCUGAAUAUUAUUUUCUGUUGAAUAAGUCUUAGUUUUAGAUCCGUAGAGGCUAUUUCUGUUGAUUUUAUACUUGACUCCCAUAUAUCAUUUGUUAUCUGUACCCCUAAUUCUUCACUCCAUUUUUGUCUGUCAUAUACUAAAUCUUAUUUCUUCCUGUUGAGUAGGGUUUUAUAGUCACAGGUAGGUAGCCGUGUUGGUCUGCCGUAGUCAAAACAAAAUAAAAAAAUUCCUUCCAGUAGCACCUUAGGGACCAACUAAGUUUGUUAUUAGUAUGAGCUUUCAUGUGCAUGCACACUUCUUCAGAUACUUCUUCAGAUUUUUAUAGGUGCUUUAACAGUCUCCAGGAUAAUAGGAUAUUUCAUAAAAUUGGAGCCGAGUUUAGUCCACCCUACAAGAGGUUCAAAGAAACGAUAUUCGAGAGUAGCAGACUUACAUUCUAAUAAACAAACCAACAAGCAGAAAUACAGCACACAAUGAAAAGGAGGCAAGGAGGGCGAAGGAAAAGGAAAUUCUAAAACCAGGCCCCAAUGUCUAAAAGUGCUGUUCCUAUCUCUCCCAGGGUGGUAGAACCCUAACUAAUGCUUAGCCUUUCCUUUGCAGAGAUGCUGGGACUGAACACUGAUAAUAAGAACUCAGUGUGUCUUAGAUGCAGCUGGAGCACCGAUUCCUACAUUGUUCAUCAACAAUUGCUCUUCACAGAGUAAGUUGGUGUCAACCCACAUGUUCUGAAUUCUGCAGAAAAGGCACCUGGGCAUUCUGCUCCUCAGCCCUGCCCUGUGGGCACCUUCUACCUUCCUCUUUUGUUUCAGGUGGCUUCCUUCCUGUGGAGCAGCUCUUUAAGGCCAUGUACUUUAUAGCCAGUGACCUUGCUGUUCAGAGCACCUUUAACCCCUUGGACAUCUCCCACUUGCUGCAAGAGUUCAUCAAGCAGUUCCACAGCACAGCAGUGGAGGUAAAGUGCUGUAAGUGUAGGAGAUAAGAGUCUCCGCCUUGAAGUUAUGGGAGUCCACAUCAAGCCAUUGGAUGGCCGUGACAAAGGUGAGCCUGUCUGUCUGCUUGCCAGUUCCUGCUCCCUGUGAGUCCCAGAUAAGCCCCUCUGGGGAAUCUGAGGGUGGCUUGAGCCCCACAGGCCCCUUGAAGUUGGGGGUGAAGAGCUACUGGUUCAGUUGCUGCAGUUCUAUCCAAACAUAGCUUUGGGUGAGGGAAGGUCAGCAAGGCCUUGUGACUUAUAAUAAUAAUAAUAAUAAUAAUAAUAAUAAUAAUAAUUUAUUAUUUGUACCCCACCCAUCUGGCUGGGUUUCCCCAGCCACUCAGGGCGGCUUCCACAAAGACAAAAAAUACACUGAGAUGUCACACAUUAAAAACUUCCCUGAACAGGGCUGCCUGUGUUCUUCCUCUGCACCUUGUUCCUCCACAUCCCUUCUAUUUGUGUGUCUUGUAUUUUUUAGUUUCCAAACCUGAGGACAGGAUUUGUCUCGCCUUUUUUAAAAAUCAGUGUCAACUGGUUUAGGAGACAACAUCUGUCUGAAAAGCCGGAAAAUAAGUUUGUUUGUUUUUUAAAAACUUAUUAUCGCUACUACUAUUACUACCAUACAUUUAAAAGAAUAUAUACCACCUUUGAAGUGCAUGGAAUUAAAUUUGUUUUAACCACUAUGCCACACUGACUCUUCUAGAAUCUUGGCAUGGUGCAUUCCACAUCACCAAGGGCUGUUGCCCAGCAACAGAGCCUGCGACCGUUUGAACUGAGGUUCUUGCAUCCUCAGCGUAUAGACCUUUGCAGAGGUUUGGUUUAGUGACCCUCACUUUCUUGGAUUAGAAUAUGGCAUCUGAAAGACUCCUGGAGGUAAGGGAACGUUGCCAUUUCAAGUAGACUCAAAUAGAACAUUGAAUAGUGGUAUCACCAAGUUUGGCAAAGAGCUAUCAGAGGUCAAAGAAAGUGUUGAGCUUUGGGCAAGUUUAUGGAAGGGAAGAAUGAAUGCUGUAAAGGAAAUCUUGGUCUUUACAUUGUAGUUGGUUGAAUAUUAUUUUAAACGGAGCAUUCUUUAUGCUGUAUAUAUAUGUGAAUCCAGGAGAGGGUUAACUUAAAUUUCUAAAUAAUGAAUAUUAACUUAAGUUUACUAUAGUUAGAAAGGGAAAGAGAAAAACAGAGGAAGAAAAGAUCGCAUGAGCAGCCUGAUGGGAAGGCUUCUCCCAAGUGCAGACAAGGGGGAGACAGGAGGCCUGGCGGAACUCUACACUAAGACAGGCCAGCUCCAUCAGCCCUCCUCUCCCUCAACUGUCAUCUGGGGGCAGCCAUUUCAUCAGGCUACCACUGCACUUCUAGACAUUGGGGCCUGGUUUUUGAGUUUGCUUUUCCUUCACUCUCCUUGCCCGUUUUCAUUGUGUGCUGUAUUUCUGUUUGUUGGUUUGUUUUAUUAGAAUUUAACUCUGCAAUUAGGGAGUGUCUUGUUUUUGAUUUCACUAAGCCUUGUUGGGAGCCCUUUUGGGGUACAAAUGCUAUGAAUGAAUGAAUCAGGUCUCUGAGGAGACCUUAAGUUUGUUUCUAUUUUAAUGCAGACCUACCUCAUCUGUGCUUCCCAGAUCAACACUGUAAUAAUAAAUUUUAAGGUCUUAUAAUAAGUGUUCAUAAAUGUACCAAGCAAACCACAUGUCUGGAGCAGCACAGGAAUACAGUCCUGAAACCAUUUUGACUCCCAAGCUGACCAAAUGUUUCUCUGCAAGGAGGGAGGAGGUGGAAAAAACACCUUCCUUGUUACAGGAAUUUAGGAAUCUCCAUUUCAAAGGGUGACAGACUACCAGGAAAGGCAAUCAAAUAAGGCAUUAUCAGAUAACCUGGCAGACAGGAAAAACAACAACAUUCAAAUUUCUGUUGUAGACCACCUUUUCUGUGAUGUAGGUAUGAUGUUUGUGGGGGGUGGUCACACAAACAGAAAUGUGCUUUGAGAUGCUCCUAUGUCCCCAUUUUGCAAAGAGGUUCUCCACUCCACCCUGCCCCAUGUCCAUAUUAGCAUAUUAGAUAUCACAAGAUACCUGUGACUUUUUCAAAAAUGUGAAGCUUAGGCUUAAUAGCACACAAAAUGGAUAUCUUAGGAGAAACGCACUCUGAAAUGUGGGUGAAUUUUCAUUAGCACUUAAAAGAAAAAAGAAAUUCCCAAAUUAAAGUGGAAAUGUGGAGAACCGGAAAAAUGUGGAACUGAUAGAAAGUGAGAGUGAGAGAUUCAUCCAUCCCUGCCUGGGGGCCUGAUCCAUUCCCCACUCUCUGACCUUCCUGUUUCUUUGCUCUCUUUUCUCACGGACAGGGAAUUGACUUUGAUGAAGACAACAUCUCUGUCAAUAGCUUGGAAGAAGGGGAGGAUCUUCCUCUAAGCUAAUGCUGUGUGGAUUUCCCACCAUCAUCAAGUGCUUUCAAAAGCUUACUGGUUCAUUUCUCUGGUUGGCUGCUUGGGGGAGGCAACUAACUGAAGCUCCUGGGGAUGCCAGACAGGGACUUCCUGAUACCUGAAGGCGCACAAUGGUGGGUGUGAAAAGGCAGCCAUUUCCCUUCUGACCUGUAUUUGUCACAAGCGGCCCUGUUUCGGUUCUACUGAAGUUCAACUUCUGCCAAAAUUCAACUGGGAAUUUACUCCCCGCCCCCCUUGUAGUUUUGCUUGCUUGUCUUAGGACAGAAUUAUUAAUUUGUGGUUACCAAGAUUCUGCCAUUUUUCUUUAUUUAUAUUGCUUUAUGUUUCUGUUUUUGGUUGUUUUCUCUGUUCUAUGCAAUGAGGAGAAGGUAAUAAAUACUUCUAAGAGACAAAUUAACAGUAUGUUAUAAUACCCUUAAAAUAAUAAAAACAGCAAAGGCCAUGUGACAUUUCAAACCUUUCUUACAGAGAAGAGAAGCUGUCGCUUACACAAAACCUAAAAGCCCCCCCCACUAUUCCUUUCUCCACUCAGCAUCGCAACAUGUUCUACAGUGUAACAUACUGCUGGCAGUGCACCCAAAGGAUUCAGUGAGGACCAACUGAAGCAUCAACUGACUGCUGUUGUCGUGGGAAAGAAGGGUAGGAAGAAGCAAGUCUAAAUUAAAGUGCUAUGAGAUCUUUCUGACCUCCUGAAGACCAAGGAAUAUGUAAGUUACUCGAGGGAAUCAUUGCAACCACACAGUUAUGUCAAACCCUUCAGACUGCCCCUUCCAGGCUCACCCUGCAAAGUGCCCAGUGGACAAUCAGGCAUCUGAGCACGUAAGUGAUCUAGAGAACAGAGUUGGGCAAUAGUACAGCAGAUCCUAGCAGGCUUUGCAGUUGGCAUGGAUCAGCUGAUUGGUGAUUGGUGCCAAUUACAAGCCUUGUUUUCGGCAGGAAUUGGCUGCCCUCAGGAGUUUGCAGUUGGGAAGAGGGCUGUUGCAUCUGGGUCCUGCUUGCAGGCUACUCAUAGGCAUCUGGUUGGCCACUGUGAGAAUAGAAUGAUGGACCACAUUGGCCUAUGGAAUGAGCCAACAGGGUUCUUUUAGACUGCAGUCUACACGGCUCAGAUGCAAGCUGUCUGAAAGCCAGACGUUCAUUCCCUCCUAUGAACCUGUCCGGGGUUUGAGCUCUUUGGGGAGGACCUUUUCUCAGUUCCACCUCCCUCACAGACAUGCUUGGUGGGGCUGUGUUAGAGGAGCUUCUUAGUGGCUGCUCCCAGACUUUGGAACUCUCUUGCUAGAGAAGCCAGGUUGGCUCCCUCCUUGCUGUCCUUCCACUGGCAGGAGAAGACUUUCUUGUUCAAACCGGCUUUGGUGAAUUGACUGCUUUAGAAUAAAGGGCUGGUCUCUUGCUGUUUUAUUGUAAUUAUAUGUAUGUUUUAAAGUGAGUUUAUAUAAGUAUAGUUUUAGUUAUAUCUAUGUUUAAUUGUUUCUUAAUGGUUGUUUUUCCUAUGUUUUUAGCGCUUCUUGUUUUUUAUCUGUGAGUUGCCUAGAGUCCAGUCAGGGGGGGAAAUGGAUUAUACAUAAAUAUAUAAUGAUGAUGAUGAUGAUGAUGAUGAUGAUAUUAAUAAUAAUAAUAAUAAUAUUCUAGCAAUGCUUGGUGGCCGAAGCACUGCCAUCAAUAACAGGCUGAAAUAUAAGCAAUGGAUUACUGAAAUAAUUCAUGAUAGUGAAGUUGAUGUAAUAAGAACACAUGUAUUGUAAAAGCUAAUAAAAAGAAGUAAAAAACAAACAGCAGGAAAGUAGGGGUGGGAAGGCAAAAAGAAAUUUAUGUUGAUUUUUUUGUAUAUGACAUUAAAUGUUUUGGAAUACUUUUAAUAAAAAUAAAAUAAUAAAAAAAUAUUUAAAAAAUGAUAUAUGAAAAAAGAUAAUGGGUUGCUUCUCUUAGCAGUAACUUCUCUAGGUGUCUUCUCAGCCAUCUGUAGUGCUUCCCACAUCCACCCCUGGAUGACUGGCUGCUGUUUCUUGUCUGUGCGUGUUGGAUCCAGACAUGGAGUGCAGGCAGUGAGUGGGGAUUCGAAAUAUAGUCUCUACCAGUUCCUAGCUCAACACUCAGACCAGUAGGCCCUGCUGGCUCUUUCUUAUUGGCUUUGAAAACAGCUGUGGUUCUUACCCACCUAACCUCAGCUACGUUUGCACAAACCGAAUCAUUUACACACUGGUAUGUGUACGCUGCACUAACACCCAUGCCUGAUCACCCUGACAUAAUUUCCUGCAGAAAGCAUCACCUGGCAGCACUGUCGGCAUUGCUAGAACAAUUCUGCACACCCUGCCAGGCUCAUUGGGCUGCUCAGCUUCACUUGCAUGGCUGGAACAAGGGCUGCACAGACUGUCCCUUUAUCCCUAGACCAAGGGGGGCUGGUCCACUGUCCCCCAGACCUUGUGGGGGGGCUGGAUUAUAUUUUGAAAAAGAAAAAGAAAAAAGAACAAAUUCCUAUGCCCUACAAAUAACCCAGAGAUGCAUUUUAAAUAAAAGCACACAUUCUACUCAUGUAAAAAUACCAGGCAGACCCCACAAAUAACCCAGAGAUGCAUUUUAAAUAGAAGGACACAUUUUACUCAUGUAAAAACACGCUGAUUCCCAGACCGUCUGCGGGCCGGAUUGAGAAGGCGAUUGGGCCAGAUCCAACCCCUGGGCCUUAGUUUGCCUACCCAUGCCCUAGACUUUUGAUUUACUCUCUUGGGGUCAUUUAGCCUCUUGGGAUCCCAAGAAAGCCAGGCCAUGCUGGGCUCUCUGGAUCUUGUUUAACAAAGUAGUGAAAGAGAGCCCUGAAGGGUCACUAUGAGUGUGAAGGAAUCUUGGACAUAAGGCUGGACCCUGUGUAGCAAUGGGGGGGGGGGGGGGGCUGAGCCUUCCCCCUGAAGGGAAAGCAAGCAGUAAGGAUAGUCAUGAAUUGGAGCCCGGGGCAGCAGAGGAGGAAAAGGAGGAGCAAUAAAUAUGCCCUGGCUCAAUCCUCCCUCCCUGAAAAGGGCUGCCUCUUUUCACCUCAGCAUUUCUGAUUCAAGGGUGGAUUAAGGUGCCAAACCCAACAUCAGGACCCUCUCUCAAAAUAUUAGAGCUUUCAAAGGGGCCACCCAGUGAAAGAUGAAUGUUGGAAGAUGCUGUUCCUGGCAACCCUGAAGUUACUGUGUGACAGAAUGAUUUUUUAUAUGUAUUUUGGGGGGAGUGCUUUUUCACUUGUUUUUAGAAUGCUUGUAAGCAUGUUUUUAGAGUGCAGAUUCUAGUCCUCUGUGCAGUUGCUGUCCAUUGUUUGAUAUUCUUCUGCACCCUCCUGGUAAGAUUUCAGGCUGCAUUCAAUAUUUUAUUUCAUUUCAUUUGCCCCACUGCCACCUCAGAACUGCGGCUACUGUUUCCAGGGCUGGAGCUACCCAUGAGGUGCAGUGAGGCAGUUAUCUCAGGUGGUAGAUCCAGCCUCUGAGGGCAGCAGAGGAAGAGGCAGGGUGGGAUUUUCUGCUUUGCAUCAAGUAGCCCUCCUAGAAUAAUCACAGAACUGCAGAGUUGGGAGGGAUCCCAAGAGUCACCUCAUCUACCUCAGUUUCAUCUCAAAGCCUAUUUGGGCUCCCCCUCGGAGGUUAUCUUGCGGGACCCUGCUCUCCCUGGCGACUCAUUAGAUGACCUUGUCGAGGACUGGAAUAACCGGUUCUUGGCGGCCAUCAAUGAGAUUGCUCCUAAGCACCCUCUGCGACUCCGAGGAGCUCCAGAAAAUGAAUCGGGAUCUCAGAUGGCUACAGUGAGUAUGGUGACGGACUCGUGACAGAGCUUCAAGGACGCUUAUGAAAGCCUAUGAGAUGGCUAUGAAAGCUGCUAAGAAAUCUUACUUCGCAGCUUGCAUUGCAUCCGCUAGCUCUCGCCCGGCACAACUUUUUAGAAUAAUUAGGUCAAUAACAUCCUUAGGAGGACAACCAAAUUUAAGCACAAAUUUGACUCACAGCUGUGAGGCAUUCACGAGCUUUUUUGCGGAGAAAGUCCUGUUGCUCCACUGUGACCUCCCUGCCAAUUUAGAUACAGUAACAGAACUGGAGGCCCCUCGACUGUCUUCAGGUCCAGUGUUGGACCAUUUCAAUCGGAUACUUUCUGCUGAUGUGGAAAGAUUCCUCUGAGCUGGUAGGCCCACCACUUGCCUCCUCGAUCCGUGCCUGUCUUGGCUGAUCAUGGUGUGCCCAGAUGUCACGUGGAUCCCCCUGGUUGAAAUUAUCAAUUUGUCCCUUGGCACAGGGACAUUCCCAGGGGAGCUGAAGGAAGCAGUGGUGUGUCCGCUCUUAAAGAAAACUUCACUAGAUCCUUUAGAUCUAUCCACUUACCGCCCAGUUUCAAAUCUUCCGUAUCUGGGUAAGGUAAUUGAGAGAGCGGUUGCUGAACAGCUUGGUAGGUUUCUGGAGGAAACAUUGGCUUUAGAUCCAUUUCAGUCCAGGUUCCGUCCUGGUUUCGGGACCGAGAUGGCUCUGGUCACCCUAACAGAUGAUCUCCGUAGACAACUGGAUCAAGGCAGGUCGGGACUGCUGAUUCUCUUACAUUUGUCAGCAGCCUUUGACAUGGUCGAUCAUGAUCUUCUGGACCACUGCCUCGCCAACGUGGGGAUACAGGGCAUAGCCUGAAAAUGGCUGUGCUCCUUUGUCUCUGGUCAGGGACAGAGGGUGGCACUUGGGGGGGGGAGAUGUUGUCGCGUCACUCCUUGGUGUGUGGAGUGCCGCAGGGAACAAUCAUCUCCCCAAUGCUUUUUAACAUCUUAAUGCGCCCCCUUGACCAGAUUGUCUGGAGCUUUGGGCUGGGCUGUCUCCAAUAUGCUGAUGAAACUCAGCUCUAUCUGCUGAUGGAUGACCACACUGACUUGACCCCGGACACACUGACUAGAUGCUUGGAAGCUGUGGCUGGAUGGUUUCAUGGGAGCCGAUUGAAACUAAAUCCUUCGAAGACAGAGGUCCUCUGGCUGGGUUGGGAUGGUAUAGGGAUGAGGGACCAACUCCAUUCUCUUGUGGGGCCCCAAUUAGUGCCAGUGCCUUCCGUUAAGAGGUUGAGUGUAAUCCUUGAUGCCUCCCUUUCCAUGGAGGCGCAGGUUACAGCAACAGCCAAGGCGACAUUUUUCCACCUUCGCCGCAUUAAGCAGUUGGUCCCUUACCUUUCCCGCCCCGAUCUGGCCACAGUGAUCCAUGCAACGGUCACCUCUAGGCUUGACUACUGUAAUUCGCUCUGUGCACGGCUGCCCUUGAAACUGUCCCAGAAACUCCAGCGGGUGCAGAAUGCUGCAGCGAGGCUCCUCAAGGGGUCCCUGCCAUGGGAGCAUAUUCACCCAGUGCUUUACCAGUUGCACUGGCUCCCGGUGGAGUAUCUGGUCAAGUUUAAGGUGCUGGUUUUGACCUUUAAAGCCCUUUGUGGCUUAGGGCCCUCGUAUUUACGGGAUCGCCUCUCCUGGUAUGCCCCGCAGAGGACCUUAAGGUCCAUGAAUAAUCAUAGUUUAGAGGUCCUGGGCCCUAAGGAAGUCAGAUUAUCCUCCACCAGGACCAGGGCCUUCUCAGUGAUGGCUCCAACCUGGUGGAAAGCUCUGUCCCAUGAGACCAGGGCCCUGCAGGAUUUAAUUUCCUUCUGUAGGGCCUGUAAGACAGAGCUAUCCCGCCCGGCUUUCAAUUUGAACCUGGCCUGAUCUUUUGUUCCCCUUCCUUCCCUCCCCCUCCCCUUUUUAUGAAGAUUACCAGCUCUGGAAUCCCACAGCUAAUUCUCCCCAUGUCUCCUCGCUGGCCCAAGUAGGACUAACUUAGCUAGCUAGCCCUGGUGAUCAUCUAAUGUUUAUUGGAUGGAUUUUCCCCCUAAAUUGAUUUUUGAUUUCUGAAUUUAUUGUUAUUAAUGUUUUAUACUGUAUUUUAUGCUGUUUUUUGUUGCAUCAAUUAAGUGUUUUAAAUUUGUUGUUAGCUGCCCUGAGCCUGGUUUUCUGAAACAGGAAGGGCGGGGUAUAAAUAAAAAAUUAUUAUUCUUAUUCUUAUUCUUAUAAAGCUCUUUUGCAUUGUAAUGCUAAUAUUGCCACCAAUUCUGUGGGUUACUAGACUUCCUUGCCACCCUCCAGCUUUGUUUCCUCAGGAGGACCAGCCAGGAUGCAAAUCUACGAUGUGUGGAGGUGGGUGCUGGAGACUGUAAUCAAUGGUGCAUCUGCCUCCCAUCCCCCUUUUCUUCUUUUCAUAGGCCCCCUUGUAGUAUAGUUGAAUCAGAGGAAGCAGAUAUACCAAGGAAGCGAGGAGGGAGUGAGGGCAGGGCCACAGGGCAGCAAUUCCCCCUCCCACAUUUGUCCGUGUAAACAGUUUCCUGUUGUUGUAGCCUAAAGUCUAGUAUGACAUCAUUUUUGGGCCUCCUAAGGCAAGGGCCACCCCUUCCAGCCCGCCCCUCAAGUUGGAUUGUGGGGGUUUUCGACCCUAUAUGGCAGUGGAGUUCAGCAAAUCGCGGCCAUUGGGGGGAGGGAGCAGUGAUUUUGCAAACAGGAAAAGCCUCUUUUACUUUCCCUAUAGGAACAUGGGCUGCAGCCGCAGGAAAAUUUUGGCAGCUAGAGGAGUAGCUGGACCUGAAAGAGAAAUCUUGGAGGGAAGAUGGCAGGGGAGGUGACAGACAGGACCAUCUUAAGCGUAUGCUGCGCUGGGGUGCAAAGAUCCGCACUGCCCCCCCCCAGGUUGCCCAGAGUUGUCAACAUUUUUUUUUUUUAACUCUCCUCAGGAAAAGAAAACAGGAAACAUAAGGAGCCCAGCACAACAGACCAGUCCAGGGCGUCACCAUUGGCGACUGAGCGAAGCCGGGCACCUCGUGGUGUAAGCAGCGUGCAUUGGGCGGGCCUCUCCAUGGCCCUAUGCCAAUCCCUGGCACGCAGGAGGGCAGAGCCGGCUGGCUGCCUUAGCGCCUCGCUGGCUCGCUCACCCCCGAACUUGUGGCACAGAGUUGCCCGCAGCAGAAGAGCCCACUGCAGCACUCCAACCGGCUGGCGGGCUUUUCCCCAGACUCCAACUCUUGGGCCCCAGACUCUCAGCCUGGCGCCCCUGAGAGCCCAGAGCCUGGGUGCCCCGCAACCCUGGCUCCUAUGGUUAAGACGGCCCUGGGGACAGAGGAGCUUUCCCCUCUUGCCUCCAGAUGUGAAACCAUUACUUGCUUCAAGUGUUUGGAAAGUAUGUGUAGCCGAGCGGUCCCAAAACUUUUUUGGGGGCCCACCCACUAAGGAAGAUAAUAACACAGCAAAGAAUAUUGCAUGAAAUUUUUUUUAAUGCAUUUUUAUGAAAGCAUAAGGGUGGAGAAAAUCUUUAGCAUGAAAUGUUUAUAUAUAACUCAACAAACAUGCACAAACCUUCGCCUGGCAUAUCUGUACGUUAACUAAUUUAUAAGAAAAUCAACCGCUAUUACCAAUACCUGGCUACAUAGUGACUUGUGACAACUCAAGAAUCAUCAGUAUAAACAAAGGUGACCAAAGGAAAUCGCUUUGAAAGCAAUCGGUAAAAUUUAAGAUACGAAGUAAUGAGACCCCUGCUGCCAGUCAGUGUAAACAAUACAAAACUAGAUGGACUAGCAGUCUGACUCAGUAGGCAGCUUCCUAUGAUCCUCUGGAGCAGUACCAUUUCAAAUGAUGAUACAGUGGUACCUCGGGUUAAGAACUUAAUUUGUUCUGGAGGUCUGUUCUUAACCUGAAACUGUUCUUAACCUGAGGUACCACUUUAGCUAAUGGGGCCUCCCACUGCCGCCGCGCCACCACCACGCAAUUUCUGUUCUCAUCCUGAAGCAAAGUUCUUAACCCGAGGUACUACUUCUGGGUUAGCAGAGUCUGUAACCUGAAGCGUCUGUAACCUGAAGCGUCUGUAACCCAAGAUACCACUGUAUUCACAUAUUUGCUCCUCUAUGUGAGAUAUAUAAAUCUCCACUCACAGUUAUGUUAACUAGCAUAAUAGCAAGAAUGCUAUGUUGAAAUCUCCCUCUCUGAUAAAUGUGUGGGUAGCAUUUUACAUUUACAAAAUGCUAUCACCACCUGCAGUUCAAAAUGCCCCAUGGCUCCUUCACAUUGGGGGGGGGUGGAUUCCCAUGCACACAAAGGCAUGCACCCCCGGCUGCAACAAAAUAUGUCUCUCCCACACUGGUCUCUACAGCCACAGAAACCCCGCCCCCCAAAUGUGCACUCCUCCAACGUCUCCCAAGACAGACAGGUGCUAGCAGCAGACAGAUUCACCUGUGGGAGCUAAUGGCAGGAUGCAGUCUUUUCUCUAACUGAGAGCCUCCCUCUAGCACAUGGGUAGGCAAACUAAGGCCUGGGGGCCAGAUCAAGCGCAAUCACCUCAAUCCGGCCCUCGGAUGGUCUGGGAAUCAGCAUGUUUUUACAUGAGUAGAAUGUGUCCUUUUAUUUAAAAUGCAUCUCUGGGUUAUUUGUGGGGCAUAGGAAUUCAUUCUUUUUUAUUUUUUUCAAAAUAAUAUUCCAGCCCACCACAUGGUCUGAGGGACAGUGGACUGGCCCCCUGCUGAAAAAGUUUGCUGACCUCUUUCUAGCAUUAGCAAUGUGAUAUUCACCAGAACUUGGAAGAAGAUGUAGAGAAAUGGCUGCGAACCAGAUGUGAUUUACAUGUUUUAAAAUGCUGGAGUUUUUCCUGCGUGGUUGGUGUGCGAUCUCUGCUGAGGAAGAGCAGCAUAUGAUGAUCUUAAGAAUUUGAUCAAUAAUGAUCUUAAGAAUUUAGAUUGUACUGUUUCAAGGGUCUUAAGGUUGGCAGAGGGGCUAAUUUGAGAGCCAUAUAGAAGUUGGGCUAAAGAUUUUGCCUGAAAGACUGUUAGGGCCAUCGGGAGGAAGCCAGCUCCUUUCCUUCUGAAUAAUCUAAGGAUAGCAUUUGCACUUCUUUCUGCUGAUAUAGCUGAUGUGGUCAAGUGUGUUGAGAAUUUGGCAUUAUAAGAAAAAGUAAUGCCUAAGUAUUGGAAGGUCUUAGUCUGUUCAAUGGCGUUUCCCUUUACGCUCCAAUUAUCCUUCCUAGAGGAGCGGUUAAAAUGUACAAUUUUGGUUUUGGCAAAGUUAAUUGUUAACAGUUCAGUGUUACAUUGGUCACUAAACUUUCCUAAGGCACGUUUCAGACCCACUUUGGUUUGAGAGAGAAGAACAGCAUCAUCCGCAUACAUUAAAAUUGGUACUUUUCUGCCAUUAGAGAACACAGGGGGGUGGGUUUCAAUUUCACGACAGCAUGUAACCAGGGAGUUAACAUAGAUAUUAAAUAGGAAUGGGGCUAAUAGGCAUCCUUGUCUAACUCCUCUUUGAACUAGGAUUUCUCUAGAGAGUCUGCCGUCCUGUGCAAGUCUUAUCUGGAGGGUAUUGUUCUCAUGAAGCUUAAUCAUCAGAAGUAAUAACCUUCUGUUAAUACCCAUAUUGGCCAAUUUGGCCCAGAGCCUGCUCCUGGAUACAGAAUCAAAUGCUGCCUUUAAGUCCACAAAGGCCGCAUACUUAUAGACAAAGUAAUCUAACACUAAGCAGUGAUCAAUGGUGGAACGUCCGGAUGUAAACCCUGCUUGUUCAAUUUCUAGCAAGUUAUUAUGAUCUAACCAUUCCCAUAAUUUUAGGCAUAGAUGUUUUGUAUAAAGUUUACAGAUCACAUUCAGGAGACUAAUUGGUCUAUAAUUAGAUGGAUCAGAGGGGUUGCCCUUUUUAUAUAUGGGAACAAUUAUAGCUAGUCCCCAAUCUUUAGGGAUUUCAGUUGUCUUAUCUAUAUAUGAAAAUAGAUUAGCAAGGACCGGGGCCCACCAGUUUAUUUGCGCUUUCAGAAGUUCAGCGACAAUGAAAUCACUUCCUGGGGCUUUGCCAGAUUUCAUUUGUAGAAUUAGCGAAGUGAUUUCAGUUUCAGAUGUUGGGGGCCAUGGUGUAUCAUUAUCUAAGGGGAUGUUAAGCGGCGCAGAAGGACGAUGUUCCCUAAACAGCGCUUUAUAGUGCUCUGAGGAAGAGCAGCCAUGUAACAAUAUUUAUUGAACAAGUGGGGAGGGGGAUUCAAACAGAAGGGUGCUGCUUUCAGAAAGCAAGGCAAGAUGCGGACAGAGGUGGUAGUAGUGGGGUGGGGGGCACUCCUAUUCUUAGCACUAAUAAAACAUUGCCCAUCUGUUGUAAUGUCCAGCCCUAUUGCAAAUGACUUGCCACAUUUUUGGGGCAAUCGCUGCUUUUCUGUGUACAUUUCGUGCUAUGUUCUGCCUACUCUACAGUAGUACCUCGGGUUACAUACGCUUCAGGUUACAUACACUUCAGGUUACAGACUCCACUAACCCAGAAAUAGUACCUCAGGUUAAGAACUUUGCUUCAGGAUGAGAACAGAAAUUGCGCAGCAGCAGCGGGAGGCCCCAUUAGCUAAAGUGGUGCUUCAGGUUAAGAACAGUUUCAGGUUAAGAACGGACCUCUGGAAUGAAUUAAGUACGUAACCAGAGAUACCACUGUACACAAAUGGCCAGGAGAAAAUUUGCAGUGGGUGGCUAAGUGCAAGAUCUAGUUCACAAGAGUGGCCGUGAACUUUUUUAAAUAAAAAAAUAUAUUUUAUUGAAAAUUUACAAUAGAGAAACAAAGUGAAAAAGUGCUUGAGACUGUAGUACAAAACAAUAUAUAGGUAUAUAAGUAGUAUGGUUAUUCUAAUGAGUAUAAAAUUAUUAACAAGUUAUUAUGCUUUUUAUAAAUGCAUUCCAAAUACCAUUAUUUUUGUCCGUACACAAUCUACAACUGAAAGUGGUCCGUUUGUAUUUUGCAAAAGUAGUCAUAUUUUCUUUCCACUGUUGAAAGAGGGCCAUGGUAUCAUCUUUCCAAUUUUUUAAAAUAUCAAUUAUGUAUUCAGCACUUAGUGCUUAUUCAUUAUUUAAAUGUCAUUGCUAAUUGCAACCCAUAGCAUAAGACAAAAAGUAUUUGAUUUUUGUUUUGCAUCAGAAGUGAGUAUCGUAAGCAUUUAAUGAGAAAAAACUCUAAAAUGUUGCUAAAAUGGUGAGCAGAAAAUUUCUUUUUAAUAAAAUUAGUGUUAUAUUGUUAUAUCACUCUGUGGUAGAAUGCUGUAACACUCAUUAAUAUUUGCUAAUAUUUUAAUAUUGUAAAAAACAGAUGAGAAGUUUAGACUACAAGUGUUUUAAAAAGUUGUUAAUAUAGUGCUUAGUGUUUUUUUGUGUUUAGAAUGAUUAGGUUUUCUUCUUGAGCUAACACAUAACCUGCUGCCACUUUGCCCCUAGCAAACACGCACACACGGACAUGCGCACACACCCCACUUGCAAGGAUGCUUUGCUCAGUCCUGGCUCCAGAGUAUGGGGCUUGUGCAUGGAAAAAUGGAAGGGGUGCAAAUUCUCUCAAGUUGCCUCUGACCUCCUUGGGUGCUCUGGGCAAAGGUCCGAAGGUCCCUGACACACCUCCCCCCCCCCCUUCUUCUGGGACAAGGAGUUUGCCUGCUUGUUUCUAGAGGUGGAUUUUAGUAAUAUGGCACCCUGAGUGAGCACAAAAUUUGGUGCUGUCCCCUAAAUAUUUCUUAUUUUCACAAUAAUUCAUUUUAGAACAGAGUGUACUAUUUUGCACCCCUUCAGCUUGGCAUCCAAUGCAGGGGAAACACCCAGACAGUCCUAGAUCUGGUGCUGUUAUGAUGUCAUGUGUCCAUGAACAGAAGCAAGCAUUCAUCAUUCUAGGGAUUCACCUACAUUCACCUUUUGCCUUUUGCUUUCUACGAGCAGGUCUGCACUUUCCUGGUCCGUGUCUGAGUGCUUCUUCUUCUCCCCUCCCCACUGCUUUCCCCAGGAAAACCUGCUCUUUAACACGGAAUUGGAACAAACUGCAAUCUGAAUUUUCCACAAAAUUGUUUCUGGUGGGUUUUCAUGGGGUAAGCGCCAGGGAAAGAGAGACGCUUGGACAGAGCUUUAAAGUGUGGACCUGUGCCUAAUAAUGUGACACAAAAUGAAGUCUGGAUGAGCCCUCUCAGUUCAUACAGAGGAAUUUUGUAUCGGACAUGAAAUUAUACCUGGCAUGGAGAAAGUAGAUGGGAGAAGAGCUUUCCUCCCUCUCUCCUAACACAAUAACUCAAGGACAUCUGAUAUUGCAUGCUACUCUGUUACAAUUUGAACUCUGUAGAAUGCCAGUUGUAAUACAAUAAAGUACCACAUAAGAAAUAAAAGAAACAAUAAAAAUACAGGCACAAAUCUUACAGCAUCUAGCACAGCACAUUGCAACUCCUGCAAGAGGCAGAAAAAUAAUAAAGUGGUCCACCAAGACCUCAGCAGUUUUCAAGUGGUCCGUGGAACAAAACAUUUGAGUACUGUACUGGACUAGAUGGAUGCUGCAACUUGCAAUGCUGCACAUCAUCACAUGAGGGCAGCCACACACAAUCGCAAAGCUUCCCAGUUUGAGUCAUGACUGCUCCUGACAGCUUCACGAAUGCAGAGCAUCUCAGGACUCCUCUACGCUUUACUGUUUUACAUGCAGUUUAUUUUCAGGGUGCAGCCGCAUUUAGAGUUAAGCACAUGGGAAGGUGAGCAGGAUCACGCAACCACAUUCCUCUCUAAUACCUGUUUGCUCUAUGCAGAGCAGGGAUUGAUGCUAGGAGCUGUGAUCGUCGGCAGAUGGAUAUUGUGAACGGAUGUCAGUAAUGCCAUCUUGUGUGGCAAUAUGAGAGUUCUAUCAGCAUAUGAGCGUUAAGAAUAUCUGUCAUGGUCCAUACACACAUGCAGAGUGUUACAGUAAUCAGGGGACGGACACAUAUGCCAGGAGACUGGCAUCUGACUGUACAAAACAGAUGCCACUGGAUGCAUGUGGGAACCUGCCCACAGUACAGAUCACAUGUUCUAUGCCCAGAUUGGCAGAUCAGACCCUAAAUCAGGGCCUAAAUACACCUGUGUGGUUAGUAAGCUCUGGAUCUCACAGGAAACUGAGUGCAAAUGGUCACAUGGUGCACCUGUGUCCAGAUAAAAAUAAUUAGAGAAACAGAUAUAUUUCAUUCUGAGACCAGACAGUUUAAAAGUAUUUUUCUUUACUAGCAAAAUCUUAAUCCUGUUGCAGAAUGUAAGAUUAAUCAUGGAGUUGAUACAAAAACAUAGAGAAUGAGCAAAAUGUAUAACAUACACAAUUUUGCCUUACCAGAGCUCUAUAAGCAGGCAAAGUGGUGAAUUUUCCACAAGAAAACUCCACAUUCCAGUAACAGCAGCUUACCUUUUUAUAAAGUUUUGAAACACACCUAACCAUGUAAAUAUGUUCUAUUUCAUUACAUAGGUUAAGCACCUCUCUCAUGUUCUGAAAUUAAUUGCCAAUUAAUGUAAAAAUUUCUAAGCUUGAUCAAAUGCCAUUUUGAUGUAACUUUUAAGUCCUACAAAACAUAUUGAGAUAAAUAAUAUAUUACCUUUUCCUGAAAAAAUGAAGCUUUAAAAAAGUACAUUGCUUUAUAUUUUAAUCUUAACCAAAUUUCAAAUAUCAGGCAUGUGUCAGAAGGAAAAUAAAUUGAUAUGGAUUUAUAUAUGAUUUUUAUAUAUAGUAGUAACUUUGUAUUAGUUAAUUAGCAUUUUUAUAUGUAACUGUAUUUUUGUAAUAUUUUAUUUAAGUUGUCUAUUGCUCUUUUGGUUUUUGUACGCCACGUAGAGAUAUUUUUCAUAUGUUAAGUGGUAUAAAAUAAAAGAUCAAUAAUAAAUUUACUUAUUUGUAAGUAUUUCUAAGUUGCUUAAUAUUUUAAAAUCUCUAAGCAGCAUACAACCUACAACUAUGGGAUGAUCAGCAGAAAAAAACCAGCUCUCGUGGACUUUUGACAUGGAUGCUGGCAGCUGCCAGAACCUCAAUUGCCUCCAAAUGGAAAAAGUUGCAAAGCUUGAGACUUUCACUUUGGUAUAAAAAUAUGUGGAAUUUAUCACUAGCUGCAAAAACUGAUAAAUCACAUGUUGCCAAAGGCUUGGAGGACCCAGAAAAAUCAUGGGCUGUUGGGUGGGAUUUUAUCUUAUGUGCAAAAAAUACAGACACACAGGACUGCCUCUCCUCAGGGCAACAUGAAACUGGUGGUGGUCUUAAAUACCCCACCAACCUACAAUUAAGUCUCUCCUGAAUAUACUGUGCUGCUUUUUUGUACUUCUAUUAUUUUUGUUGAAUAGAUUUAUUUUAUUUUUUUUACUUCAAUAAAAUGCUUUCUUGAAAAGCUUCUGUGAUGUGCCAGGGAGCUAUUUGGAAACCUUUUUUUCUCUUCCUACAGAAAACGGGGGAUGUGA